AGGAAGAGCCGGAGCAUGCGUGGAGAGCGCGGGGAAAGCAUGGGACUCGGGAUUUACUUCUGCGGGAGUAUCAGGGGUGGGAGGAAUGAUGUGGAGAUUUACGGCCGCAUUAUCAACUACUUGAAGAAAUUUGGGCGAGUUUUUACUGAGCAUAUCGGCAGCCCGGAUUUAGUGGAGAAAGGUGAGGAUGGAGUGAAGUCUGGAGAUAAAUACAUCCACGAUCGAGAUAUGAAGUGGCUGCAAGAGGCUGAUGUAAUAGUGGCAGAGGUCACCCAGCCUUCCUUGGGCGUCGGUUAUGAAAUUGGAAGGGCUGUAGCAAUGAACAAGAAGAUUCUGUGUCUGUUCAGAACAUCAUCAAAAUAUAUUCUUUCAGCAAUGAUCCAAGGGGCAGAAAAUGGAACCAACUUUCAAGUGAAGGAUUAUUCUGAAGAUGAAGUGGAAACUAUUCUACAACAGUAUUUUGAGGUUCAGCUACAGGCAUGAGUAACAAACGGCCCAAAAAUAAUUUUCCUGAAGAGUGAACUUCUAUUCAUGAAUUGCUCUUAUUUAGUAGUUUGUUUUGUACUCUCCAAACAAAUAAAAUGCUCAGCCUGUAAAA